AUGGAGCCGAGCGCACGGGAGCCCCUGGUGAGGAAGCCGAGCUCCUCGUACCGAACCUUCCCCGAGGGCGUCAGCAAGAGGCUGGACAAGGAGUACCUGCGAAGCCUCCACAACAAGCGGCUCUACCUGGCCGUGUUCGCCGCCGUCCUCGGGAAUUUCAGCUUCGGCUUCGCCCUGGUUUACACCUCGCCCGUGAUCCCCGCCCUGGAGGCUCACCCCAACCCUGCGCUGAGGCUGGACAGGCACAAAGCGUCCUGGUUUGGGUCGGUGUUCACGCUGGGGGCGGCGGCAGGGGGGCUCAGCGCCAUGCUCCUCAACGACCGCCUGGGCCGCAAGCUGAGCAUCAUGUUCUCGGCUGUGCCCUCCGCUGUGGGAUACGCGCUGCUGGCCGGAGCCCAGGGUGUCGAGAUGCUGCUGCUGGGCCGCGUGCUGACGGGCUACGCCGGCGGCGUGACGUCCGCCUCCAUCCCGGUCUACAUCUCGGAGAUCUCCCACCCCGGUGUCCGAGGCAUGCUGGGCGCUUGUCCUCAGAUCAUGGCAGUGCUGGGCUCCCUCAUCCUCUAUGCGCUGGGGCUGCUCCUGGACUGGCGCUGGCUGGCCGUGGCAGGGGAGGUGCCGGUGCUGGCCAUGAUCCUCCUGCUCUGCUUCAUGCCCAACUCGCCCCGGUUCCUGCUCUCCCAGGGGAAGGAGGACGAGGCCCUGCAGUCGCUGUGCUGGCUGCGGGGCAAGGACACGGACUAUGCCCGGGAGUAUGAGCAGAUUAAGGACAGCGUAAGGAAGCAGAGCCAGUGGGUUUCCUGUGCUGAGAUCAAGGACCCCUUCAUCUACAAGCCCAUCCUGAUUGCCGUGGGGAUGAGGUUCCUGCAGCAGCUCUCCGGGGUCACCUGUGUCCUCGUGUACCUGCAGUCGAUAUUCAAGAAAACGGCUGUCAUCCUGAAACCAGAGUACGACGCAGCUCUUGUCGGCCUGGUGCGUCUGUUCUCGGUGGCGAUUGCUGCUGUGUCGAUGGAUAAAGCUGGCAGGAAGAUUCUUCUCUUUGUGUCGGCCGGUGUCAUGUUAGCCUCCAACCUGACCAUGGGGCUCUACAUCCACUUCAUUCCCUCUUCUCAGAAUGGCACCAUUGCCAACAGGACCCUGGCGAGCUCUGCCAGCCCUCCUGCUGAGUCCAUCAACUACAUCACCCUCAUCCCCCUCCUGGCUACCAUGUUCUUCAUAAUGGGCUAUGCCAUGGGCUGGGGCCCCAUCACCUGGCUGCUGAUGUCGGAGAUCCUCCCUCUGAAAGCCCGGGGGGUGGCCUCAGGCCUCUGCGUCGUCGUGAGCUGGCUGACAGCCUUCACCCUCACCCAGUUCUUCCUCCGGGUUGUGGAAGCCUUCGGCCUCGAGGUGCCGUUCCUGUUCUUCGCUGUCAUCUGCGCUGGAAACGUCUUAUUUACAGGCUGCUGCGUCCCAGAAACCAAAGGCAGGUCCCUGGAACAGAUCGAGGCCUUCUUCAGGACCGGGCGGAGGUCGUUCAUGAGGUAGGAGCUGCUGGCUGCACCGGGCCGCCAGCCCACACGCUCAAGGGCUAGAGAGAAAAUGGCUGUGGUGCUGGAGGUGGAAGCUGGAGGUCUCCGAAGA